AUGAGCGGACUCGUCACCACCUGUCUGUCAUGCCUGUCGGCAGUGGACCGAUGGUGUCAUAUCACCGCCUGUCUCGGCGGAGGUCGCUCACGGGACGGCAUCUACGAGACCACGCUCGCCGACAAUGAAAGAGAAGCUGUAUCGGACCUGCUGGGCUAUCUAGAAAACCGUGCCGAGACAGAUUUUUUUGCGGGUGAACCCCUACGAGCCUUGAGCACAUUGGUCUACUCCGACAAUGUUGAUCUGCAACGGAGCGCGAGCUUGACAUUUGCCGAGAUCACCGAGCGAGAUGUGCGCGAGGUUGAUCGGUACACUUUGGAGCCGAUUCUUUUCUUACUGCAGAGCUCGGAUACUGAAGUACAACGAGCGGCCAGCGCGGCGCUAGGCAAUCUUGCCGUCAACGCUGAGAAUAAGGUCCUCAUUGUAACCCUGGGAGGGUUGGCUCCGUUGAUUCGCCAGAUGAUGUCGCCCAACGUCGAGGUACAAUGCAACGCCGUCGGUUGCAUCACCAACCUGGCGACACAUGAAGAGAACAAGACAAAGAUCGCUCGGUCAGGGGCCCUCGGUCCCUUGAUUCGCCUCGCCAAAUCCAAGGACAUGCGUGUCCAGCGCAAUGCGACCGGCGCUCUGCUCAACAUGACUCACUCCGAUGACAAUCGCCAGCAACUUGUGAACGCCGGUGCCAUUCCCCUCCUGGUUCAACUUCUUUCGUCCUCGGAUGUGGAUGUCCAAUACUACUGCACAACAGCGCUCAGCAAUAUCGCAGUGGACUCCACCAAUCGCAAGCGUUUGGCGCAGACCGAAUCCCGCCUCGUCCAGUCGCUGGUUCAUCUCAUGGACUCGUCGACCCCUAAAGUCCAGUGUCAAGCCGCGCUGGCUCUUCGUAAUCUCGCCUCAGACGAAAAAUAUCAGCUCGAAAUUGUACGAGCCAAGGGCCUCUCACCCCUCCUGCGACUCCUACAGUCUGAAUAUCUUCCCCUCAUCCUCUCGGCGGUGGCCUGCAUUCGCAACAUAUCCAUCCAUCCCCUCAAUGAGUCACCGAUCAUUGAAGCCGGAUUCUUGAAACCGCUCGUAGAUUUACUGGGCUCAACGGAUAAUGAAGAAAUACAAUGCCACGCUAUUUCGACCCUUCGCAAUCUCGCGGCCAGCUCCGACCGAAACAAGGAGCUUGUUCUCCAGGCCGGAGCAGUCCAAAAGUGCAAGGAUUUGGUACUUCGCGUACCCCUCAGCGUGCAGUCCGAAAUGACGGCCGCGAUCGCCGUGCUGGCUCUCAGUGACGAGCUUAAACCUCACCUGUUGACACUUGGAGUGUUUGAUGUUCUAAUUCCGCUGACAAGCUCGGAAAGUAUCGAGGUACAAGGCAAUAGUGCCGCUGCUCUCGGCAAUCUGUCUUCCAAAGUGGGAGAUUACUCAAUCUUCGUUCGGGACUGGGCAGACCCCAAUGGCGGAAUCCACGGCUAUCUCCAGCGAUUCCUUGCUAGCGGCGACCCGACUUUCCAACACAUCGCCAUCUGGACUCUGUUGCAGCUCCUUGAGUCUGAAGAUCAAAAGCUCAUUGCUUAUAUCUCCAAAUCGGACGAUGUUGUGCAGAUGGUCAAAUCCAUCUCAGAUCAGAAUAUCGAGUCUGAUGAAGAGGACGCGGAUGACGGCGAAGGGGAAGUCAUUGCCCUCGCGCGUCGCUGCCUCGAGCUGUUGGGCACAGGUCCCAAGCAGACCCUCGUCGAGGCGUAA